AUGUCCUCAAUGAUUAUAAAAAAAAACAAUUCUCUUUCUUCCGCUCCACCACUUAAAACCCUUGCACCACAGAAAAAUAUUUCUCAACUUGAAAAUUUUGCUUUAAGUGCUUUGGCUCCUAGCAUGGCUGUUAUUUUUACUUUACCUUUUGACACUGUUAAAGUUAGGAUGCAACUUCAAGGUGAAGUCAAAUUUAUGAAAGAUUCUGCUGGUAAAACCGUUCGCGUUUCUGCUGACAAGGUUUAUAAAAAUAGUUUUGAUUGUCUUUGGAAAACUUUUAAAUAUGAGGGAAUUCGUGGUCUUGAAAAAGGUCUGGCCCCUUCGAUCCUAAAAGAAAGUUCUAAAAAUGUCUUUCGUUUGGGACUUUAUGAUCCAAUACUGACAAUGAUGCAUCCAAGAGAUAAUGAUGAUGAUAAUAAAUUAAAUAUUUCUACAGCUCCAGCUUGGAAAAGAAUGUUUGCGGGUGGAAUAUGUGGUGCAUUGGGCGCUGUGUCAGCAAAUCCUUUUGAAUUGGUGAAAACAAGACUGCAAAGUUCUGCUGCUGGCGAAAUUGCUGUUGGUAAUCAGUUCAAGUACACGUCGGUGACUUCUGCUCUAGGAAAUAUCGUUAGACGAGAAGGUGGUCUGCAAGGUCUUUAUCGUGGAUCCACUAUUUCCAUAUACAGGGGAAUAUUAGGGAGUGCAGCAAAUCUCUCUUCUUACACAAUGCUAAAGGAUUAUUCAAUUCGUGAAGGUUAUAAAGAUGGCGUGCCAUUGGAUAUCGGAUGUAGUCUUAUCAGUGCUCUCAUAAGUGUCGUAUUCAUGAACCCAUUAGACGUUGUGAGAACAAGAUUAUAUAAUGCAAAAUCAACAACAUUAUCCAACGAAUCAAUGAUGUCAUCAAUUGCUAAUAUUGUAAAGAAUGAGGGUUGGAGAGCUUUGUAUCGUGGAUUUGGUACACAUUUCAUGAGAAUUGGACCACAUUUCUGUCUCACUUUUGUAUUUUUAGAAGAGUUGAAAAGAGGUGUAAAAAAAGUUCAUCAUAAUGAGUACCAACGUAAAUUACAACAAUAUCAACGUGAAGAAUUAUUCAGAUCAAAAGCAGAUCAUCUUCAAGUAUAA